UUCAAUGGGCGUACAUAUUCUGGUACCCGAUCUUUACCUGCUUUAUAGCGGUGUGGACUUACAUGUAAAUUUUCGACAAUAAUAAGCUAUCAGUGAACUGAUAUUCUAGUAAUUGUUUAAAUUCCGGAAUUAAAAUGUGGUACAUAAACAAUCCUGACAUUGUGCGUAAAUAAUGAAGGUCAGAUUAAAAAAACAAAACACGUAAAGUUGUGUGAAUAGCUUGAGUUUUGUAUUUCGUAAUCGAAAGUAGAAAACCAGUAAUGAAUGGAACCAGGAAACCAGAUAAUAAUUUAAGUACUCCCAAUAUAGUUAUUUUAAGCAUAAGAAAACCCUAAUCAACAUGAAAAGUAGCAGUACAAAUUUAACUGCCUUGGUUGUGUUUGUUAAACUUGGAAUUACCGUGGGCGUGGAAAUAAUGGUUAUCAUAACUAGAUUCCUUCUUACUCAGUCAUAAACUGUUGCAGCAUAGCUAAUUUUGUUUGCAAGUGGCAUAUAACCUUCAUUGUUAACUCGGAUUGGCAUAGAUCUAUUAUAUUGUUGUCUUGCCUUGUUAAAUUAUUCAUUUGGAGCUAAGUCUUAGGAUCGGCGAGCUUUUAAAACGGUUAUAAUUCAUAGUUUUGUACCAAGUCUACUUCGUUCUUACCGUACACAACAUGAGGCAACCACACAUUCGGACAGUGUACCCAACAUGGCGUGUUUACCCCAGGGUUCAGUACUUCCGGAAUAGGUUUUUGAGUUUAUAUCCACGAUUUAAAACAACAGUCGGAUCGGUGCAAUGGAAGAUACGAGACCAUCUGGAAGCAAUAAACAAUUUGUUUGAAGCUGACCUUGAAGUACUAAUAAUUGCAAACUCCGAAUGCCCGAUAGAAAGUGUUAUUGUUGACCAAACAUCGCUACCAGAAUCAACAGAUAAAUUUCAUGACCAGAAAGGAUCCAAGACGCGUGUGUGCCUGUGCUUUAUAGAGGGAAAUGUUCGUGAACCACAAUUCACAGAGAGACUGCAAGAUGUUAUUGGAGCCUUUAACAACACUCCCGCUUCUGAAGAAUGUUUUUUGUUCGUUACCUUCAAACUGUCCGAAAAUCCAUCACAUGAACAACGCACCAAUCUUCAAUACGAGUUGGAUAAACGGCUGAAACGCCGUCCACAUUGUUGGAAUAAGUCAUCAUCGGUGGUGUUCGAAGUGGAUGGUACCGAGCUCCCAUUGUCAAUUUCAGAUUAUUUUGAGAAAUUGUUGUAUGAAGCAUUUUCAGAGGUAGCAAUAUGCUUGAAGUUGUUUAUUCCAAGUGAGCAAUUGGUCGAUAUGAAGACUACACAUUUUGAUUUUGAGAAAUUCGUUUCUACAGACAACGCCAUUGACCCAAUUGUGUCAGGCAUACGUGCCAUGGAAAUAAAAUCUUCGCCCUCCACUCAUGGCAGUGAAGAGAACAUUGGAAGCGAGGGUUUGUUGAAUCUAGCUAGAAUAAUAAAAUGCCUCGUUCUUUUUACCACUUAUGAAAAACUCUCCAUAUCAUCAAACAUUACGCAGGCUAUCCUUGUUGAGUCUCAUUUUGAAGAAAAAUUUACAAAACAAAUAAAACCUUCUAGCAUAAAUUUACUUUUAGAAAUCAAGGGUAUUAAAAAGGAAAUUACGACAGUGGAACUCACUGAGGAAACACACAUGAGCUACAAACAGAAAAUAAACAGUUUAUUGAAAUUGAUAAUGACAGACAUAUUAUCUCUGGUUCAAAACCUAGAAAAAAGAGUAUACCAGGAGGGCAUCAAUUUGUACAAAGAUGUCGUUUGAGGUCAACAGCUACUUGAAGCAGUCAAGUUUCGGAGCGAAGAUAAAUGCGCUUAAAGAGGAUCUGGUCAUUUCACCAACAAUUCGUCAAGACAUAUUACGUAUUAAAGGGGUUUAUUGCCUUGGAACAGUCUACAACCAAUUCACAGUGUAUCUGGAACCAGAUAUUGAGAAUGAACUUGAGAAGCAAGUUCGCCCAAAAAUAAAUGAAGUAAUGAAAAGCUAUGCUUGUAAUUUUCCGUGGUUCGUAAAGAAAGUCACAAAACUGCCAACUCCCUAUGCGGGCGUUCAAUACGAAAAUGGCGAUAUCAUUCAAUCGCAUCGCGAAGGCAUAGUCGGGGCGUUUGUUCAGGAUAAUAUUGGCAGAAAAUACGGUCUUACUUGUGCCCAUUUGCUCGGAAACCCUGGGAACGAUCAACCUGUUUAUAUCAGAGAAAGCGAUGGCAAUCUUACACAUUUUGCGACGAGUGUUUCAAAUCUAAUCGUUCGCUCAUAUAUCAUUGACUUUGCAGCAUUGAAAAUCAAAGAUGCUUUUGAGAGGUUUUGCGAGAUAGCUAUGAGAGACGAGGACAUGUUAAACAGACCAUGGGAGAUCUGGGAUGCACAAGGAACAAACAUUGUAUCUAUGAACGUUUUCAAAUAUGGCCGUGGUGAUUCAAUAUUGAAAUUUGGAAUAAUUGCGUCUGCUGACAUGGAAUUUCCAACACCAGCAUUACCUGGAGCCGCACAACCCGAUGGAUGCUGCUUUGUUUUGAUAGAAAGCUUACCUGGUUCAGAUGAACCGUUUGCAGUCGAAGGAGACAGCGGGUCUGUGGUUUGUCACACGCGGUUGCUGCACAACAUUGUGUUGAUGAAUAAUCCGAAUGAACCACGGGUAACAGCUAUAUCUAUGGUACGCCUUGGGGGCUUGGAAAUUGAAGGAGUUGAGUUGGGUCAUUUUUUCUCAUUUGCUUUGCGCCAUGCACUGCAAUCUGUGGCUCAUCAAGCUAACCUUCAGUUAAGCCCACAAUAAAAGAAUAUUCGUCAUAAAGCCUUGAUUCAUACGAUUACAUUUUGUGUGUUCAAUAUACACAUACUAAGCGAAUUUGUAUGCAAAUAUGUAAAUCACAAAAUGUAUGGAUAUCUAUUUUCGCAGUUAUGACAAUUUUAUGUGUUUAUACUUUUCUGAUUCCUUUAUAAAGGUGUCUAUCCAUACAGCAUAAUUUAAACCGCUGCUGCAAUGGAAAUAUCUUAAUGUUUUAAGAACUUGAUUAUUUUAAUUGCUCUGAGAGCUAUUUUUUCUACAAAAACUGUAAGUUAUAGAUUCGCGACCUGUUGUCGCAUAGAAAAAGAAAGACGUUACACACUUACCAAAGCAACACUGUUUCUUUGUUUUCUUUUCAGUAAGGAAUACAUAAGCUAAUGUAAUACUACAUUUUUGUUUUCUUGAUUGAUAGAUGUAUACAGUAACUACUAUAUAUAAGUUGUUAAGAUUAUCACAUGUAUACAGUAGGUACUAUAUCUAAGUUGUUUUGACUUACGCAUUUGUACCUUAACUAAUACUGCUUAGCUGUUUAGAUUAACACAUGCAUUCAUUUACUACUACACUGUACAUCGAGUUAUUUUUGAUUAACAAGUGUAUACAUUAAUGAAUACUGCUUAGUUAUGAAGAUAAAAAACAUGUAUCCAUUAACUGCUACAUUUAAGUUAUUUUGAUUAAAACGUGUAUACAUCUUCUAUUACUGCCUAGUUUUUUUACAUUUAGAUAAACACAUGCAUACAUUUACAACUCUGCUAAGUUGUUUUGAUUAACACGUGUAUACACACAUGUAUACAUUAUCUACUACUGCUUAGUUGUUUACAUUAAACAUGCAUACAUCAACAACUACUGCUUAGUUGUUUUGAUUAACACCUGUAUACGUUAUCUACUACUGCUUAGUUGUUUAGAUAAACACAGGUAUACAUGAACUACUACUGCUUAGUUGUUUUGAUUAACACGUGUAAGGGCUCCUGCUCUUGACUGUAGGUAUGUUGACGUUGGUUAUUUGAUGUUGAGAUAUGAUGCAUAGAAUUGAUGUCAAAUAUGCGAUUAAGCAGCUUUAAUUAUUAGUGUUAUAAAUAUUUUUACAGAAUAUUUUACAUUUCAUCAUAUAUACUUUUAUUCCUUUAACAUAUUCUAAAUCUUUCAUGUUACUUAGUAUUGAACAUUGUUUUGAAAUGAGUGCUGAUUACUUUUUAGCAUAAACUAUAUAAAAUGGUUAUUAAAAUACAGAAUAUAUAUUAACGAAUGCAUGUAGGUGCACGUUUAAAGCAGCUUAUGGGUAAUGUAUGUCACAAACAUGUGUGAUACUUACGUAUUGUUUGUAUGCUUGUUAAUUUAUAACAUAUGUUGUUGCUCACACACAUGAGUCAAUAAUUAUCAAAACGCCAGAUAUCACUGGUUUCUUCUUUCAUAGCUGUAAAUACAUAUAUUUUUGUAAAUUGAAUUUCAACACUUUUCAUAAUAAUUUACGUAUAGUAUUGUGUAAGUUUUUAUGUGUAUUGUACUUCUGCGCUUUGACUCUAAUUUGUUAACUUGUAUGUAAAUGGUCAAAGGCAUCAUUCCAAUCUUCCAAUGAAAAUAAAACUAGAAACUGAAAUUAAAAAUGAGUAUGUGCAUGUCAAAUCACGUUUUAAGCAUUGUAAUAGUCUUUUCGAUUUCUUCGAAUAUUCUGUUGGUUUAAGACAUGAAGAGGUGGCCUCCCCUUUGCUAGUGUCUCUUUUUUUAGAGGACUUGUAAAUGUUUGUAUAAAAUAAUGCAAAUGCUGGUAUUGAGCCGUAUGAUACUGUUGUGCUGGUUUGACUAUUUUUGCAGAUGAUAAAGUGUUGUUAGGCAUUAGGCAUCGAUAAUUACUAACGCAACUUAAUGAUUUGUCAAUUUCUUGCAAUAUUUUGAGUUAAGAAGUCAGUAAUUCGAAAACUAUAAUUAUGGUCAUCAGAAACCGUGCUGCUCUGCGUGCAGACGAGCGAUGGUUGUGUAAAAAUGAACCAAUACAAAUUGUUAUAAUCUCGGCUGUGUUUUAGCUCACCUGAGCAAAACGUGCUCAUGAUGAGCUUUUGUGAUCACCUUUUGUCUGUCGUGCGUCGUCCGUCGUGCGUCGUCUACAUUUUACCUUGUUAACAAAACAGGCCACAUUUAUUGUCUGAUGUUCAUUAAAUUUGGUCAGAAGAUUUUUCCCAAUGAUAUCUUGGUCGAGUUUGAAACGGGGUAACAUGAGGUCAAAAACUAAGUCAAUAGGUCAAAUUAAAGAAAAAGCUUGUUAACAAUAUAGAAGUCACAUUAAUUAUCCAAUCUUCAUGAAACUUUGUCAGAACAUUUGUAUCAAUAAUAUUUCAGCUGAGUUCGAAAAUGGUACCGGUAAGUUGCAAAAAACAUGGCCGCCAGGGGGCGGGGCAGUUUUCCUUAUAUGGCUAAUGUAAAACCUUGUUAACACUCUAGAAGUCUUUUUUUAGUCAAAUCUUCAUGAAACUUGGUCAGAACAUUUGUUCUAAUGAUAUGUCGGCUGAGUUCUAAAAUGGUUCCCGUCUGUUGAAAAACAUGGCCACCAGGGGGCGGGGCAGUUUAGCUAAUAUUGCUAUAGUACAACCUUGUUAAAGGGGCCUUUUCCCAGAUUUUGGCAUGUUUUGAAGUUUGUCACAAUGCUUUAUAUUGAUAAAUGUAAACAUUUGAUCUAAUAAUGUCCAGUAAAAAAUCAAGAAUAAAAUUUAAAAAAAAGAAAGAAAAAAGUAACCCUCAGCAGAACUCGAACCACUGACCCCUGUAGUCCUGAAGUUAAAAGUCUCCCGCUUAGACCACUCGGCCAUCCUUCCUCAUACAAGGAAAGAAGUGUUUCAUACUUUAUAUACAAGUAAGCAAUCCUCUUAGUUUCACAAAAUAUAACGACAACAACAGAACUCUCCAAAUCAUUAAAUCGUUUCGCGUUGCAACGCUUUAUAAUUUUCAGGUUUUUAAAUGGUCAAAACAUGCAUAUAAUGGCUAUUUUAGAGCAUGGUAAAUGUUCAGUAUUACUGUUUCCUCAAAAAUAGCAUAACUAAAACGAACAUUUUUGUAAUCUGAAACAACUUUUGUUCAAUUUUGUCAAUUUACUAAAACGUGAAAAGGCCCCUGUUAACACUCUAGAAGUCACAUUUAUAGUCAACUCUUCACGAAACUUGGUCAUAACAUUUGUCUCAAUGAUAGCUUGGUUGGGUUUGAAAAUGAUUCUGGUUCGUUGAAAAAUAUGGCCGUCAGGAAGCAAGGCAGUUUUCCUAAUAUGGCUAUAGUAAAACCUUGUUAUCACUCUAGGAGUCACAUUUAUAGUCAAAUCUUCAUGAAACAUGGUCAGAGCAUUUGUUUUUAUGAUUGCUAGGCUUAGUUUGAAAAUAGUUCCGGUCCGUUGCAAAACAUGGCCGCCAGAGGGCGGGGCAAUUUCCUAAUAUGGUUAUAGUUAAACCUUGUUUAAAUUCUAGAAGUCACAUGUAUAGUUCAAUGUUCAUGUAACUUGGUCAGAACAUUUGUUCUUAUGAAAGAUCGGCUGAGUUCUAAAAAUGUUAAUGUUUGUUGAAAAACAUUGCCAACCGGGGGCGAGGCAGUUUUCAUAUUCUUAUAUUGCUAUAUUUAAACCAUGUUAACACUAGUUGUAAUGAGAAUAUUGGUGCACAAUGAUGAUGAUGAUGAUGACUAUGAUGAUGAUGAUGAUGAUGAUGAUGAUGAUGAUGAUUAUGAUGAUCAUGAUGAUGAUGAUGAUGAUGAUGAUGAUGAUGGUGCUGGUGAUACUGAUAAUGGAUUAAGAACAUUAACAACCCAAAUAUCUAAGAACAAUUAUUGCAUUUCUCCAAUUUAUUAUUGCCAUUAUUUCAGAUUGUUAUAUUUAUUUUGCAGAAAUUCGGCAUAGUGGUAAAACCAAUAAAACAACAAAGUUGUUACAAGUGAAUCUUAUCUGACCUUUCAUUCACUUUUUCUACUCUAUAUAAAACUCAUUUAUACAUGUGCUUUGACUGUUGCAGUACAAUAGCGCUGAUUGAUGCUUCAUUGAAUAGCCGUGUGUGUAACAGGCUUACAGUUCCCAGGAAAUUGGCCCCAAUUAACUGGGUUUGCACAUAAAAGACCCUUUUCUUGAUAUCAGAUGAACACCACUGAUAAGAUAGACUACAGUUUGCAGUCAUUCAGUAGUUUGUGUGUGAUUAUCAAAGAUUUGUGAUUUUAACAGGUUAUAUUGUUGUUUCAAUUGGAAUUAUCAUUGCAAGGUGAGUCUGAAAAUUGUUCUGGUAGUUUAAAAAAACUUUUUUCAAAAUGUGAGCGAUUUAGUUAUAAAAAAACAACAACAAUUAAUCACAUUUUUAAGAAGCACAAAAACUAUUUGUUUAAAUAGUUGUUUUGGUAGUUGUUUUUGCAAAUAUAAUGUAUUUAUGCUACGGAUGUUGUGUGCAUUUAAAUUCCGAAUAGUUUGACCGUUGUUUUGAUACGAUACAUUUUCACAUUGCUUGUGUGUGUUUACUUCUAUAUUUUAAGUAUGAGAAAAUUUAAGUGUCAGUUUUUUGAAACCUAAAAAGAAGAUAAAUGUCGAAUUUCUAGUAGAUAUUCUCAUACUCAUUUACUUCCUUAUAAUAUAAACUGUACUUUGAUAACAAGUCAACGUAUUGUAUUUAAUUAUGCAUAAUCUAUUUUAUGAACACUCAAUAUAUUUAUUGAAAAAUGACAUUUGUUUUCUGUAUCUAAAGCUGUUCUUGCAAAAGCAAGUCAUACCGUAUAACAUUCUUAGAUGCUGAUAUGCUUAUAGAUCUCAAAGCUUCACUACAAUUUGUGGAAAAAAUGAACUUCCAUUUUUUUUGCUGAUUGUGCUCAAUAUUUAAUUACUGUCCUCGUAUCACUUUUAUCCAAAAUAAACAGUGUUGCAAUUGGAAGCAAAUGUCUAUUGUAAAAAGCAUAACCCAACCCAAAAACUUAUUAUAACGCAUAUAUUUAUAUAUCGGCCAAAACCACAAACCAUUUCUUUUCACAAAACAACGUUAACAACCCUUGCGUAACAUGACUUCUACUCAGAUGAACGACCAUGGGCCACCAUGGCCCUCUUGUUAAAUAUACUUGUUAUUUUGCUAUAAAUAAUGAGUAAAUAAUUGAUAAAUCUUUAAAGGUUUUUAAUAUUUUGCUUUAUAAUAAAAACUCAAAUUAAAUAUCGUAUAUGAUUUCAAUAUAGAGUUAUACAUAGAAUCUUAGGUUCAAACUCAAACUUUCUAUUUAAAAUUGGUUACGCCACUACAGCCAACUGCACCUUUUCAACAUAUAUUUUGGGAAUGUAGUCAUGUCAAUCAGUAAUCAAAGCAUUGCCCUCUGGGUGUAAUCACUUAUCGAACUUUCUUAACACGCAUUCCUUUUUAUUGGGACAUGCAAAUACAAGUGGACCUUUAAAUGUAUUAUUUGUUUUCAUAAAAACUUUCAUUUAUCAUUGUAA